AUGAAAUCUGUGAAUAUUUUGAAAAUGCUAGAAGCAAAUAAAGAAAAUAGAAACUUUUAAUUUGUUUAAAAUAGAUAAACCAGAGUUUAAUCUACUCUGUAUAUAAAGGAUGAGCUAUCUCAACAAAAUGUUAAACCUAGAGUUAUUCGAGUCUCAAAAUGGAAUAAACCGCAAGUUGCAAGAGACAAUGGGAAAAGAGAGGAUCAAAGACAUAUUAGUUAUGAAAUGCCUAGACAAAAAACCGACUAAUAUUAGCAUAUCUAGAGAACUUUAAAAAACAGAAGUUUAACCAACAUCUAAAUUUCUAUCAUCAAUUAAGCCCAGAAUAAUAGUAAUGUUAAUGCUUCUAUAUCAUUGCCAAAUAGCAACAAAUAUUUAGUUACAAAAGGAUUAGACAAAUUUACAUCAACAGAAAAUUAUGGUAAUCCAUAAUUAGUUAAGGUUUACAAAUAAGAUAUAUUUAAUUAUCUAGAAGAACUUAAUCAAAAGUAAUAAGAACAAUAGUAAAAUGCUAUCUCAUAUAAUGCAUUUUAUUCAUAAAGUUAAAUAACUCUAAAAAUGAGAAAUGUUCUAAUUAAUUGGCUUUUUGAGGUUCAUCAUAAAUUAAAGUUACAAUUAGAAACCCUCCUGCUCACUGUAUGGCUCAUUGACAAAUUUAUUGAAACUCAUUUAGUUUAAAAAAAUAGAUUUCAACUAUUUGGAAUUGCUUGCUUAUUUAUUGCAUCAAAAUAUCAAGAAGUUUAUGGGGUUCCUAAAAGUGGCUAAUUAUCUAAGUUGUGUGAUGAAGUUUAUAGCAAAGAAGAUAUUUUGAAGGCAGAAGGCUAGAUUCUGUAAAAUAUCAAUUUUAAUCUAUCUUUCAUAUCACCACUUAGAAUAUUUGAACAUAUUGCCGAAGUAGAUGAUUAAAUUAGGUUGAUUAUAUAAAUUUAAUUAUUGGCUUCAUUUAGUUAUGGAUUUGCAAAUGGAGACCCAUUCUUAAUAGUAGGCACUAUUUUAAAUAUUGUUGGAAAGAUCUCGAACAAAAAGAUUGAUUCUUCAAUUUUAAAGGUUGAUUCUAAUCAAAUUAGCAAAUUAACAAAGGAGUUAAUUUAAAUUUGGUUUUUGGAUGAAGUUAGUUAACCAUUUCCAUCCCUUAUUAAAAAGUAUUAACUUUCUCACUACAAUCAUGCUUCAACAAUUAACUUUAGUUAAGAUCUAUUUUUGUGA